AGUUGCAGUUUGAUUUUGAUCCAGGAGGAAGAAGGGGGAAGGUCGGACGGGGAGCGCUAAUGGUGAAGGACAGCACUGACGCCUCCGUGGUCCAGAUCAAGAAGGCCUACUACCUCAAGGCCAAGCUGGUGCACCCGGACAAGAAUCCCGACAACCCUGACGCCGCCCGGAGGUUUCAGGAAUUAAACGAAGCCUAUCAAGUUCUAAGUGAUCCAGUGAAAAAGGAGGCUUACGAUAAAUAUGGAAAGGAAGGUCUUCCCCAAAUGGUAGUUACAAAAGAACGGAGGAGAGAAAUACAAAAGAAUAUCUUCCUGCAUAAGCAACUACUAGUCGGCAAACAAGACAUUUACCAAUUAUGAGUACUCAAAAGGAGCACGAGUGGGUAAAUUACCUCUCUGGGCUUAUGCCGGUUGUCGUAAGCCUGGACGGAUUCAUCAAACUUGGGCACUCCUUGGUAAUUUUUGAAGAACCGACCUAACAAUUCCUCCACUCUCUUGUCAGAGAUAUCUUCAGCUGACAUCCGUGUGGGAUCCCCAAACCCGGAGUACUCAUAACCCCGAGUACGGCACAGCUGCACAUUUGUAUCCUUCUCUUCAAAAAGUUGGCUGCUACAUUAACUCCGGUCAGCCCUGCCUUCUUCCAAGUAGCAAUCUUUUGCAACAAAACUCUAAUUUGCAAGCUGUCCACAGUAGUCGGCUCAUCCAGCCAUUUGGUGCUGUACUUGGGACAGUACCCUGUGAUCGCUGGCAUUGGGGGCUGAUGGUCUUCAAUG